ACACCAAGAUUCAAUAAAUUCCACCUGUCCAAGUCAGAUUCUCAAUUAUACAACGUGACCUGCGCAUUUUAGCAUACACCCUUGUAGUCCGCUCAUUAUGAAUCUUUACAUCUGACCCAAAAAAUAAGGAAAUCAAGCAGCUUUUAGAAAUAAUGCUAAAAUCCAUUUUGAGCUAAAAGGGUUCUUAAUCAAUCUUCAAGCUGCAUGAGGCCUUAAGAGGUUUUUGUGGAUUUCUUUCUGGUGAUUGUGAUUGGAAGGAGUGUAAUAUGGCGGGGCGGUCGCCAAGUUUGCUGUCCCGUAGUGGAAGUUUCAGGCCUGAAAAUCUGGGGCAAAAUGCAUUGGCAAUGAUAGGGAAUCUCUGUUUCACUAUAUUUGUAGUUGGGGUUUUGAUUUUCACUAUAAUUGCUGCAACUUAUGAGCCUGAAGACCCUUUAUUCCACCCUUCGACAAAAAUCACUAAUUUCCUUACAUCUAAAUCCGAUGCCACAUUCAAAGCUGAUGACACUGUUAUGAAGACUGGUGAGGACUUUAUUGGUGCAAAUCAGACAGCAUUUGCUACCUUUAUAAACCUAACAGAUGUCGACGUUUCGCUCCCCGCCACUGAUAGUGGCGUUGAAGGUAAUCUUGAUUGUCAGGGAAAAACUGAUGAACCCAUUGAUUGCACUGACCCGGAUGUGUUUCAUUUGUUAAUGAAGGCUGCCAUUGAGAAAUUUAAGGAUAUACAUUUUUAUAGAUUUGGGAAGUCAGUCCGUGGAUCGAAUGAUAGUUCCUGCCACAUGGCUUGGCGAUUCAGGCCUAAGGAGGGAAAGACUGCUGCAUUUUACAAGGAUUACCGCGAGUUUGUGGUUUCUAGAUCGGAGAACUGUACUCUUAGUGUGGUUAGCAUUGGUGAUUAUCAUUCUGGUGGGAAUGCUCGGAAAAGGAAGCGAAAGAAUAAGGACAAAACUUCAGGUAAGUUAGAUGAGGGAUUUGAGAAGGCAGCGGCCAAGGGAGGGGGACAAAAUAUUGUUCUUCCCGAGGUCGGUGAAGCUGUGAACGACUCACUUCCUGUGGUGGAAUCGGAGAGUUCGUUCAGUCGUGGGAAGUAUUUGAUUUAUCAUGGAGGUGGGGAUAGGUGCAAGAGCAUGAACCAUUAUCUCUGGAGCUUUAUGUGUGCGUUAGGCGAGGCACAAUAUUUGAACAGGACGUUGAUAAUGGACUUGAGUAUUUGUUUAUCCAAGAUAUACACUUCGUCUGGUGUAGACGAGGAAGGAAAGGAUUUCAGGUUUUACUUUGACUUCGAGCAUUUAAAGGAUUCGGCAUCAGUUCUUGAUCAGGAACAGUUUUGGUCUGAUUGGGAAAAAUGGCACCAAAAAGAUGGAUUAACUCUCCAUCUCGUAGAAGAUUUUAGAGUUACACCCAUGAAGUUAUCUGGACUGAAGGAUACCUUAAUCAUGAGGAAGUUCGGUAACGUGGAGCCUGAUAAUUACUGGUACAGGGUAUGUGAAGGUGAGACUGAAUCUGUUGUUCAACGGCCGUGGCAUCUGGUAUGGAAGUCAAGGCGACUGAUGGAUAUUGUUUCGGCUAUUGCUUCAAGGUUGAAUUGGGAUUACGACUCAGUUCACGUUGUGAGAGGGGAGAAGGCGAGGAACAGGGAAUUAUGGCCACAUCUUGCCGAAGACACUGCUCCGGAGGCUCUUCUCUCUAGCUUGCAAGACAAGGUUGACGAUGGAAGGAACCUAUAUAUCGCAACAAAUGAGCCCGAUACAUCUUUUUUUAAUCCUUUAAAGGAUAAGUAUUCCACACAUUUCCUCAAUGACUAUAGAGAUCUCUGGGACGAAAACAGUGAAUGGUACCCGGAGACAGCAAAGCUUAAUGGUGGGAGUCCUGUCGAAUUUGAUGGUUACAUGAGGGUUUCAGUAGAUACAGAAGUUUUCUUGAGGGGUAAAAAACAGAUUGAGACGUUUAAUGAUCUCACUAAAGACUGCAAGGACGGGAUCAAUACAUGCACUUCUUCCAGCUAAUCCAUGUACGUCUCUAUGUUUUAGGAAAAUUUUGGUAUUAGUUUCUUUUCUGAAAAGUAAAAAAUUGUUUCAUUAGUUUGUACCUCUUCAGUUUUGUUAUAGGCGUCUGAUUCACACUUGCACAUCCCUUCAUUUGGUAAUCAAAAUGUUAUUUGUGUUCCUUUCUUG